AUGAUCCAAAACUUCAAAAUUUACGCUUACCCACCUCCGGAAACGCUGUCGUUUGACUCCAAAGUUGAAUCCCUAUUUUACUCUUCUCUUAUCCACAGUCACUUCAUUACUCAAAACCCUGAAGAAGCCCAUUUGUUCUUCAUCCCUUUCUCUUUCCACUCCGGGCUUUCCACACGCGCCGUCGCGUAUGUCGUCGGAAAUUACCGUACGGAGUUUAUUUAUUGGAAUCGGACUCUUGGAGCUGAUCAUUUUUUCCUUUCCUGCUCUGGUAUUGGUCACGGUGCGGACCGGAAUGUUGUGGAGUUGAAGAAGAACUCGGUUCAGGUCUCGUGUUUUCCGACGACGGCUGGGUUGUUUAUUCCUCAUAAGGAUGUUAGUUUACCACCACUUGCUAACGUUCAAGCUCCGGUACACGCGCCGGCUAGUAAGAGCUCGAGUUAUUUAGGUUACGUGAGGUAUAAUUGGGUUAAAGAGUCGAAUCUAAUGGAACGACUAUUAGCUGAUCCCGAGAUUGUGGUUGAAUCUGAACCGUCGGAUCAGUUGACUUAUGAGGAAAGACUUGCCGGGAGUAAGUUUUGUUUGUUCGAGUACGGACCGGAGAUAUCGGCGAUCGGUGAAGCGAUGAGUUUCGGGUGUGUGCCCGUGGUGAUUACUGACCGUCCGAUCCAGGACUUGCCGUUGUUGGAUUUGCUUGCGUGGCAACAGAUCGCGGUGUUCGUGGGAUCAAGCGGUGGAGUUAAUGAGAUCAAGAGGGUUUUGGGGCGCGUGGUGGUGGAAGAGUACGAGGAUAUGAGGGAAUCAGCUGCGGUCGCGAGUAAGCAUUUUGUGUGGAACGAUACGCCAGAGCCGUGCGAUGCGUUCCAUUUGGUGAUGUAUCAGUUAUGGUUGAGAAGGCAUACCAUCAGAUAUGCUGAGAGAGAAUGGGCUUAA